AUGCCCGCGUCGGAGCCGACGCGACGCGUCGAGCUCUUCGGCGGCGCCGUCUCCGCGAGCUUCCCGACGCGCUACCACGACGUCUCCGACUUCCGCCCCGUGCCGGAUAACCAAGAGGCGUGGACCGACGCGAGCGCGGACGAGAGCGUGAUCGUCGAGAUCGUCGAGCGCGUCGAGCGCGACCCGAUGACCGGCGACGGGCCGUCCGACGAGGAGGGCGCCGCGGCGUGGUUCUGGCGCGACCUCGCGGACGUGAACGACGCGAGCGUGAGCUCGGGCGCGAGCGAGCUCGUCGGCGUGACGAAGCUGGCGCGCGAGGACGACGUCCCCGUCGGCGUGCGCGCGUCGACGUCGAUCACCAACUCGACCGAAGACGUCGACGCGAGGAACGACGUCUCCGUCUCCGUCGCGCGCGGCACGCAGCGCGUCGCGAAAGGCCGCGACGGCGACGACGCGAGGAACGACGUCUUCGUCGUCCUCGCGUGCGUGCGACUGCCGCGCGUGGCGUCGGACGUGCUCGUGACGCUGAACAGGCCGCUCGCGAUCGCGGCGGGGAGUCAGACGACGCCGCAGACGGGAUCGGGCGCCGUCGCCGACGCCGCCGCGGUGAAGACGGUCGCGGAGGAGACGUUACGGGGAAUCCUCUCGUCGCUCGCGAUCGAGGACUGGGGGCUGUUCGGGUGA